CUCAGUUGGUACAGGUGGACUAUAGGACUACAGCUAGUAAGAGUGGAUUUUUUCUGGACCUGGUCUAACGUGGAUUAGGUUCAGUCGGCACGAGGAACCUGGACCAGACUGGACAUCUUACUGUUUCUUUGGAACAGAAGAUGAUGAGGGAAGAAGUGUGUUUCUAUUCUGGAAAUUGAACUGGAUCACCAGUCUUUAAAGUGGACUAUCUGCCACCAGCUGAAGCAGGGGCAUUCUGAGCCAAGCUGGACCUAAGCUUAACAUCUAAAGAAACAGGUUCACUCCAGCCCAGUCCAGUUCAGUGCAGUCUAGCUCAUUCCAGUCUGGUCUAGUCAUGCAGCCCCUGACUGAGGAGAUCCAGAGCUUCUCUCGGUCACGGCUAAGGAAACAGUGCACCCGUGUGACAUCACUGAGCGGCCGUCGCAUCAUCGAGACCUGGAAGGGUUCUACGAUCACUGUAGUUGAAGACCCCACCCCUCCAGAGAAGAUGCUGGGAUAUGUACCUGACACUUCCUGGGACCUGCAGAUCGGCACUGUCAGGCCCUACCUGCUGCUGGGUUCUCAAGAUGCUGCACAUGACUUUGGCACUCUAAGAAAACACAAGGUGUCUCACAUCCUGAAUGUGGCCUUCGGGGUGGAGAAUGUGUUUCCUGACCUGUUCAUCUAUAAGACUGUCAGUAUUCUGGAUCAUCCUGACGCCGAUGUACUGCUUCACCUCCAGGACUGUUGUGACUUUAUCCAGCAGGCUCACAGUGAGAAAGGUGUGGUGUUGGUCCACUGCAAUGCUGGCGUGUCACGGGCACCGGCAGUGGUCAUUGGUUACCUGAUGUCAUGUGAUGGCCAGUCCUUUGAUGCUGCCCUCUCAUUGGUCAAAUCAGCUCGGCCAGUCUCAUCCCCAAACCCUGGCUUCCUGGAACAGCUGAGGAACUACAAAACGCAGACGAUGAAUGGAUCCAAACACUAAAAUAGGCAGAGAACAUGUUCAGGGUGGUUAAACAGUUUAAGAACAGAUAAAUCUGAUGUUAAGGAUUUAAUGAUCAAGAAUAAUUCAACUAGACGAUACUAUACACCACUUACACUCUUUAAAAUGGUUUAACAUAAGAUACCAAAUGUUCUAAAUGUAAGGAUGAAUCUGUUAAAAUCAAAAAAAUUCUCUUCCCUCUAGCGAUAUCUAUCAUAUUUGCGAUUAUUUGUCUACAUUUUGAGACAAAUUAGUCUGUAGUCAUUGUCUGUAGACAAUGUUCCAGUCAAAUCACCACUGACUUUAGAAAAUGUGAAAAAUAUUAUCUUAUCAUGUUCGUAAUUAAUACCCAAAUUAUUUAGCUAUGCCUAAUGUAUGGGAUUAUAAACCAAAAUUCCUGAAAUUAGGUGUACAGUAGCUUUUUAACCUAGUUACAUCAUGGUAUUGCGAUAUGAACAAUAGGAAACAUAUUAGGAUGGAACAUUGUCAGGAGUUUAGAUCCUUAUGUUCAUUAUGUUAUAAAGAGUCAUUAUUAACUUCAAAAGACAUUUUCUUGUUUGUGAGUUAUUAUAGAUGAUGACCUCUUUGUGUUUUGGUGCUUUUGUUCUCUUAGUCAUCUCUGUGUUUUGUUAUGUUGGAUUAAUAUCUGUGGGGGGAACUCUGCAUUUGACCCAUCCUCACUGUUUUGGAGCAGUGGACCGCCACAACCUUUAGAAUGUUAUAUUUCUAAACAUAAAAAUUAAUAAAAACUUAAA